GCGUGUAAAUGUUCACACCCGGCAUAGGCUACUGGCGGGUAGUCCAGGCGGCGGGGAGUCUGUAGCUAGCGGCUCCAGUUAUUGUAGGCUCUCCAUCGAUCGGGCGUCCAGCCGAGUCCCUUGAGGUUUACAAGGCUUUCACAUACUCGUAUCUGUCCGCGUGCUUUAGAGAUGCUGCAUUAGGCUUCGUUACAGCAUCACGUCCAAUCCACUCCAAGCAUCAUAAGCGAAGGAGAGAACAGUUGAAACAAGCGCACACCCACUCACUAAAAAACAUCCGCGCUCUGCCUCUUCUGCCACUGUCAAAUCUCGGAGACCCGGUGUUGGUUCGAAGUUGGAGCUUCGUUUUAUUGAGUACAAACAGAACUCUUGGAAACGCUUCUGACAGACAUCAUGUGAGAUGGGCCAGGCGUGCGGACACUCGCUGCUGUGCCGUAGCCAGCAGUACCGACCAGCAGCAUCAGAGAUAAGGGGACAGCAGGUGUUCCUGAGGGUGGAGGAGCCACGGUCACAUCCAGACUCUCUGCAGGAUGCCCUGCUCAAGCUGGCCUCUGCGACGGAGAGCGGUUCUUUGCGAGACGCUAUCAAAGAUGCGCUUCAGGCUGUGCUUUCCAAAGUGGAAGAUGUUUUUAUCUACCUUCUGAAUGUGGAAAGUGGUCAUCUGCUGUGUGAGUCCCUGCACCAUGAGCUGCUUACUGAAGAAAAAGUCAGAGAUGUUAUCACGCUGCAGCAGAGGGUUCAGUGUGAUGGUCUGUCUCCAUUAAAGCUGCAGGAUGGGGAGGGGAGUAGCCUGGCAUCACCUCUGCCACCUGACAAACAAGUGCUGAUUAUUCCACUCAUGGACCAGGACCAAAGCAAAGUCAUUGCCCUGCUUUUGGUGUGCUGCAAACAUCUGACUGAAGUAGAGGAGCAAAAACUGGACAUCCUGGAGAAACAUGUCACUGUGGCCUGCAGGAGGGUCCAGCAGUUGCAGAGGGGUGCUCAGACUCCACUCAGAUCUCCCGGCCCAUUCGUCAGGCAGUCCAAGAAUUCCCUGACCACACCAGAGACAAUCAAGCCUGAUGGGAACUACAGCGAACUUGACUGCAAGAUCCUGCAGCUGUGCGGAGAGCUGUAUGACCUGGAUGCUUCCUCACUCCAGCUAAAAGUCAUCCACUAUCUGCAACAGGAGACACAAUCACUUUGCUGUUGUCUGCUGCUUGUGUCCGAGGACAACCAACAGCUCUUCUGUCAGGUAGUGGGAGACAAGGUGCUGGAGGAAGAAAUCUGCUUUCCUUUAACAUUUGGCCACCUCGGGCAGGCAGUGGAGAAGAAGAAAUCCAUCACUUUACAAGAAGUCAGUCCAGAGGAGCACCAGCAGCUGAACAGCAUGCUGGGAUUUGAGGCGAGCUUGAUGCUGUGCGUGCCCGUCGUGAGCCAAGCCACCUCCCUGGUCGUGGCCCUCGCCUGUGCAUUCAACAAGAGGGGUGGAGAGAAGUACUCUCAGAUGGAUGAGUGGAAGAUCCAACACUGUUUUCGCUACACAUCUCCAGUGCUAACCAGCACAUUGGCCUUUCAGAAAGAGCAGAAACUCAAGUCGGAGUGCCAGGCAUUGCUGCAGGUUGCCAAAAACCUCUUCACACACCUUGACGAUGUGUCCGUGUUGCUGCAAGAGAUCAUUGUGGAAGCGCGAAACCUCAGCAAUGCAGAGAUCUGUUCCGUUUUCCUCCUGGACCGUGUCAGUCAUGAGUUGGUCGCCAAGGUGUUUGAUGGUGGUCUUGUGAAUGAAGACGAGGUGGAAUUUUCCCCCGUGCUACAUGUGAGAACCUCUCCUGGGUGCCGUACCACCUUCCUUCAGCAGAAGGAGUUUCGGAUCCCUGCCGACCAGGGAAUCGCUGGACAUGUGGCCACCACAGGGAAGAUCCUAAACAUAAAAGAUGCCUACUCACACCCGCUCUUCUACCGGGGCGUGGAUGACAGCACAGGGUUCCACACCCGGAACAUUCUCUGUUUCCCUAUAAAAGAUGAGAACAAUGAGGUCAUUGGAGUGGCUGAGCUUGUCAACAAGACCAAUGGUCCAUGGUUUAACCGCUUUGAUGAAGACUUGGCUACGGCCUUCUCCAUAUAUUGUGGUAUCAGUAUUGCUCAUUCUCUGUUAUACAAGAAGGUCCAUGAGGCCCAGUUUCGAAGUCACCUUGCUAAUGAAAUGAUGAUGUACCACAUGAAGGUGUCAGAAGAGGAAGUGACCAAGCUGCUGUCCACUGGGUUUGAGAUGCAUCCCUGUUUUGCUGAGUUCAGCUACACACCACGCUCACUGCCAGAUGAGAGCACACCCCUGGGUAUUCUCAGCAUGUUUGAGGACAUGGGUUUCAUCAGCACCUACAAGAUCAACAUGCACACUCUGGCCCGGUUCUGUCUGAUGGUGAAGAAGGGCUACAGAGACCCCCCAUACCACAACUGGAUGCACGCCUUCUCUGUCUCACACUUCUGCUAUCUGCUCUGCAAGAACCUGCAGCUCAGCAACUACCUGGAUGACAUUGAGAUUUUUGCCCUCUUCGUGUCCUGCAUGUGUCAUGACCUGGAUCACAGAGGAACCAACAACUCCUUUCAGGUGGCAUCGCAAUCUGUAUUGGCUGGCCUGUAUAGUUCAGAGGGUUCCGUCAUGGAGAGACACCACUUUGCACAAGCAAUUGCUAUCCUCAACACCCAGGGAUGCAACAUCUUUGACAAAUUCUCAAGAAAGGAUUACCAGAGAAUGCUGGACUUAAUGAGGGACAUCAUUCUGGCUACAGAUCUUGCUCAUCACCUGCGCAUUUUCCAGGACCUGCAGAAAGUGGCUGAAGAGGGCUACAACCCAAAGAACCGUCACCACCACAGCCUCCUGCUCUGCUUGCUCAUGACCUCCUGCGACCUCUCCGACCAGACCAAGGACUGGAAGACGACCAGGAAGAUUGCAGAACUUAUUUACAAGGAAUUCUUUUCUCAAGGGGACCUGGAAAAGGCUAUGGGGAACCGCCCCAGUGAGAUGAUGGACAGGGAGAAGGCAUAUAUUCCUGAGCUGCAGACAAGCUUCAUGGAGCAUAUUGCUAUGCCCAUCUACAAGCUCCUCCAGGACAUUUUCCCCAGGUCGGCAGAGCUUUACGAGAGGGUGGCGGCCAACUGCGAGCAGUGGACCAAGGUUUCCCACAAGUUCAACAUUCGCGGAUUGCCUAGCAACAACUCGCUGGAUUUCCUGGAUGAGGAGUGCGAGCAGAUGCAGGAGCAGGAGGGCAGAGAUGGUCCGCGGGCAAACGGCUUCACAGAGAAUGAAGGGGACACACAGACCCCAUGACCAACAUGCGCACAAAGACAUCAUAAAAUAUGUAUGUGCAGCAAUCUGUAGCGGCAUACAUUUGUGACAGAGAGAGACAGUUUCCAUUAACCGCACAGACAUUUUGGAGCCACAGUAGUGCUAAUAGCAGAAUGUUGUUGCAGUCAUUGAAAGUGGGUUGCCUGGAGGCACUGCGCUAAGAUACAGGCAUCUGUGAAAUAUUUUCUACAAACACCCUGUGAAUACUGUUCAUCAAUGUUAACUUUAACAGGAAUAAUUCUAUGUGCUCUGACAAACUGUGGUGAAAACUUGUUGACUUUAAUGCUAAUUCUAGUGCGGUGAGUACAACCUGUUCAAUAUUUUAAAUUAAGAAAAUAUGCUGCAUGUAGGUUAUUUGUAUUUUAUGUUUCAUCUAGGGGAUACAUUUUGAACACCACCUUCUCAUUUCAUUUUACUUUUCAUUAAGUUCUUUUGCAACAAGUACAUUUGUCAGUUUUGAUAUUGAUCUAGUACUCUUAAAGGUAUGGCAUGUAAGUUUGUUUUAGAACACUUUUGUUCAGAUUUGAUUAUAUUUCCGUAUAUCUAGUCGGAAAGCCUCAGGCACUGAAAUCGGCCACUCAAAAUUUCACUGCGCCAGAAUCUUAACAACCAAUCAGGACCGCUCUCUGCAAGGAGGCUUCCCUACCUGCCUGUCAAUCCUGUUGUGCAAUCACAGUGCUGCCAGAGCAGGCAGGAUGGGGCUACACAGAUAAGAGCAGAGCAGAGAUAGUGCAGAGAUAGUGCUAAAGCUAGCUAGCUAGUAGAAAACGAUAGAUUGAGAUAUAUCUGAUGCAAACAGAAAUAAAUCUAGCUCUCUCUUGCCCAUUUCUCUAAGCUUACACACUGCACCUUUUAAAUGAGACAGUGUGACAAUCAAGCAUCUGUAUUUCAUUCUUUUUACUCCAACAUUUGUGCUGCAUGUGUAGGCCUACUUUUUCUCUCAUGCCUAUCAUGCACACAAAAACCUAUAAAAUGCUGAUACAAAGAUGUUGGGAUUUUGUUAAUGGACAACCCUUGGCAUUAUAACUAGUUUAGUAAAGCACAUUUCAACAUGAAAGUACUCUACAUCAAUUUUAUAAAUCAUUUUAAAGUGGAUUGCUUUUUUUGUGAUUACAUAAUCAUACUGAAAGAAUAUGAUUGUGACAGAAUAUGACUAAGUCCCUUUAAGAACAUUGAAUUAUCAUAAUAACAACUUUGGGGUGUUUAUGUAAUGCCCACACUAUUCUUUGACUGUUAAAUACAUUUAAAAUACACACACAGUAAGACAGGAUAUCAGGGUGAGGAAAUAGUGCUCUUAUCUAGCAAUGCAAAUGUCUGUAGAUUUGAUGAAAGUGGUUGUAAAUAUAUUUUUUGAUGAUGGCUGUAGGCUCUGUCAUUCUGAAGUCAAUCUUACAUUAUGUAUGGAAUAUUGGCUUGCCUUACCAUGUCUGACCUGCCUUUGGAUUGAAAGACUCUGUGUUUGUAUAUAUUUGCAUUGGUACAGUAUAUGUUGUUUAACAUUGACUGGAGAAAAUACAUACAAAUGUUCUAAAAAAAAGCGCUUAAGAAUAGAAAAUUAUAUUUAUUUUUUCUUAUUUAAAUCAGCAUGUUGGGAAGACUUAUCAGUAUGCAACACAGAAGAGACAAACAGUAAUCAAGGCCUUUAUCAAUACGAUUAAUACAAGACAAUACACAGAUUACGGUGAGUCCAGUAUUCUGGUGUUUAAUUCCUAUUGAGGAGUAUACAUAGAUAUUUGAUAAUAUUGCACAUGUAGUGGUCAUGUUAUUGUAAAUUGUGGAUAAGUCAUGAUGUUGCACCUGCUGUGCUCAGUGUGAUCAUAAGUGCAUAUGGGUAUUUGACGAUAUUGCUCAUGCCGUGUAACCAUGAGUGCUCUUAUAAUUAUGUGAAGAUUAGUGUGUUUACACAGGCCAUAGUCAUUUAAGUAGUAAUGUCAAUAUAUGUUUCAAUAAGAAAUGCAAAUACAAGAAAUAUAUUUGAUUAUAUGUAAAAAAAAAAAAAAAAACAUUGUCAGAUAUUACAUAUAUAAAUUAUUGCCACUUUCAUAAAAGUGGCUCUGCAUGUACUAAAAACAUAUUUUAUGCAUCUGAUCAUAUAUGGAAGUGUCAAUAAUUAUAAUAAUAAUAAUAAUAUAUUAAAUAUAUUCUGACAUAUAUUAGAUGUUACUUGUUUUCGUCUCAAAUUUUGAGAUAUUUCUCUAAGGAAUGUCUUCUGACACCUCUAUAAAUGCUAAAAUUGCAUCCAUUAAAUCAUAAAAUUACUUUCUUUAUAUUCAGGACCUGCCAUGUAUACUAUUUAGUACAAGAUAUAAAAAGACAUUCAGAACAUUACAAGACACAGAUAUGAAAAAAACAUCAAUUAAAUACAUUUGCUAUAUCAUGUAUUCAGUAAUCUUGUUAAGAGUUGGGAAUGGGUAGGCCACUUCCUCUUGUGGCUACAAGAACAGAUACAUGUUCCUGCAUUGCCUUUCUUUGCUCUCAAGGGCAGCCAUUCUUUUGGAAAACUUUAAAUGGAGGGAAUGUCUGGACUGGCAUUGCAUUUGUCAGCAAGUCAGCCUUAUAAUGCUUUGUAAAUGUUGCAAAGUACAGUCUUGAAGCACUUUAACUGAGAUUCCUUUUGAAAUACUAUGGGAUUUAAACGUUUCCAGGUCCAGUUUGGUAUUUUCCAUGUGUUAUAAUGAUAGGUAUUUCCGAGAACAACCUUGGGUGUCCUUGAAAUUAAACUCAGAUACUUUGAACUAAUCUUGCAUAUCCCUCCAUGUGGUUUCAAUCAUUGUUUGAGGCUUAUGCUACUUCCUGUCUUGUUUCCUUCUGCCUUUUCAUUAAUGCAAAAUGCUAACUGCAUUGGGCGUGACUUAACUGUGGAUACUCCAGUAUUUGUAAUAGUCCAUUUUAAAUGUGCUCAUUUGUACGUGUUUUUUUAUUAAAUACAUUUGGAUUUGUUUCCCAGUCCUACCAGAAAGGGGAGGCCAUUGCCAGUGCCAAAUAUGUGAUAUGUAUUUAAUUUCUCUUAGUCUUAUCUCAAUAUAUAUCAGGGGUAUAUUGACAUUUUUCAAAUACUUUUUCAUUUCUUCACAGGGCUUUUUCCUAUGUGAUUGCACUGCUGUACCUAUAUGGUUAGCAUGUCAUUGUACCUACUGUUGUUUGAUUUUUUCUGCUUGAUUGGGUUUUACAGUUCACCAACAUUCCAAAAGUGAAAGAGAAACGUUUUCAGGGAUGUCCAAACAUAAUUUUUCAAGAUCCGGAAUUAUAGCAAUUCACACUAAAUAUAACAUUUAAUUGAAAAAACUUUGAUGACUAACACUAAGGACUUUUCCAGACAUGCAGAAUGUUUUAUUUCUCUUUGAUAUUGCAAAUAAGUCUGAUUGAUGUCUCAUUCUGUUAUAAUUUGUAAAUGUUCUUUCUGUUGAUGCUGUACAGGGUGUGUGUAUGAAUAUUUUGUGCUCAAACGGACAAUGAACAAAGCAACUUAAUAAAAAAUUUCACAAAUUGAA